AUGCACAAGGUACAACGUAUCCCUGUUUCGAACAAGCAAAAUGCACUUUUCGUUGCUGGGUCCAGAAUUCACUGUGUGUCGGCUACUGUAGCAGCUUUCCAGCAGCCAGUCUGCAAAUCUCCAGAGUACCUCCGGCAUGACAGUGGAAUGUAUUUAUUCCAACUUAGAGAUGAAGAAACCAAGGAGUGGAUGAUUUGGGAUAAGCUAGGCAAGCGUCUUCGUGGAGACUGGGGGAAUAAAAACAUCCAGUGCUCAGCUCCUGAACAAGCAAGGAGAGUUAAAGCAUCCCAGACUUUAAACUGUCUACCGGGUUUGCCAUGUUGCAAGGCAAGUGUGAAAAGGAGGCCACGGCUGAUUAACGAGACGGGCUCAAACAGGAUUAAAAAUGAAAAUUGGCUUUUCAGACUCCAAACCUGCAAAUCCACACGAUGUGAAAAACAUCGCUGGUGCAGCCUCCUGAGCCACCGCUGUGGGAACAGCGCGUGCAAGGCUGAAGGCAUCGAUCCGCUCACCCCCUCAGCGGCCCCUUGCACAGGGGUACAGACAGAGGACAAGAAGCCCCAGCAUGAGGGAAAUGGCCUCCCACUGUCACGAGGUCCGGAAAAGUUCAAGAUGGAAAGACACAUGACCUUUGGAAAUAUGAGUUCUUCCUUUGUGUUCAUGCUUCAAACGGGUACUAAGAGCUCACUGACAGCGCCUUACAGCUCAGUCAGCACCCAUUUCCAUCUCUGAGAUUCUGCCACUCCAGGCAAGCAUACCUGCCAGAAGCCCUACUCCCCUCCCUCAGC